CACCGCCGCCGCCUCCCCGCAACAAACGCCCGCCAUGGCCACCAAACGCGAAUUCGACGCCGACGACACCUCCAGCGCAAAGCGCGUCAAGAUGGAGAACGGGAACGGCAGCCUGGACCCCGCCAGCAACCCGUACCUUGCCCACUGGAACGAGCCGAUGGCGAAGAAAGAUCCCUCCAACUCCGCCGACCGGCUGCACUCGUUUAAGCGCCAUGCGACGACGGCGAAGCAAGCGAAGGCCGCCGAGGACGGCCCCAUCAACCCGUUCACCGGCAAGACGCUGUCGAACAACUACUUCAGCAUCCUGCACAAGCGUAGAGACUUGCCUGUCCACCAGCAGAGAGAAGAGUUCCUGAAGCUUUACCAGGAAAGCCAGAUUCUUGUCUUUGUCGGUGAAACCGGUUCCGGAAAGACGACCCAGAUCCCUCAGUUUGUGCUCUUCGACGACCUCCCGCAGCUGAAUGCGAAGAUGGUCGCCUGUACGCAGCCCCGUCGAGUCGCCGCAAUGUCCGUUGCCCAGCGUGUCGCCGAGGAACUGGACGUGGAGCUCGGGGCCGAGGUUGGUUACAGCAUUCGUUUUGAGGACAAGACCAGCCCGAGCACCAUCCUCAAGUACAUGACGGACGGAAUGUUGCUACGGGAAGCCAUGCACGAUAACAACCUCACGAGGUAUAGCACCAUCAUUCUCGACGAAGCCCACGAGCGCACGCUUGCCACGGAUAUUCUCAUGGGUCUGUUGAAAGAGGUGGUUCUGAGGCGCCCGGACUUGAAGCUCAUCAUCAUGAGCGCCACCCUCGAUGCGACCAAGUUCCAGAAAUACUUCCACAAUGCGCCGCUGCUUGCCGUGCCUGGACGCACCCACCCCGUCGAGAUCUUCUACACGCCGGCGCCAGAGCGAGAUUACGUGGAGGCUGCACUGCGCACCGUGUUGCAGAUCCACGCUACGGAAGAGGAGGGCGACAUCCUGCUGUUCCUUACCGGAGAAGAGGAGAUUGAGGAUGCCUGCAGAAAAAUCAACCUGGAGACACAGGAUCUCAUCAGGGAAGACGCCGCUGGACCUCUUACUGUGUACCCCCUCUACGGAACACUGCCCCCUGCGCAACAGCAGAAGAUCUUCAGCCCGGCACCGCCGCCGCUCAAACCGGGCGGCCGACCUGGACGAAAGUGCAUCGUCUCUACCAACAUCGCCGAAACGUCGCUCACCAUCGACGGAAUCGUGUAUGUCGUGGACCCCGGUUUCAGCAAGCAGAAGGUGUAUAAUCCGCGCAUUCGAGUUGAGUCUCUGCUGGUUUCGCCUAUUUCAAAAGCCUCUGCACAGCAGCGAGCCGGUCGUGCCGGUCGUACUAGGCCUGGCAAGUGUUUCCGGUUAUACACCGAAUCUGCGUUUAAGAAAGAGCUCAUUGAGCAGACGUAUCCUGAGGUGCUCCGAUCGAAUCUAGCAAGCACCGUGCUAGAGUUAAAGAAGCUGGGUAUCGAUGACCUGGUCCACUUCGACCUCAUGGACCCACCGGCGCCUGAGACGCUGAUGCGCGCGCUGGAAGAGCUCAAUUAUCUGGCUUGUCUGGAUGACGAGGGAGAGUUGACUACCCUAGGCAGACUGGCCUCCGAGUUCCCCUUGGAUCCUGCAUUGGCUGUCAUGCUUGUUACAUCCCCGGAGUUUUACUGCUCGAACGAGAUCUUGUCCCUGACCGCACUGCUCUCUGUGCCUCAAAUCUUCGUGAGGCCAGCCAGCAACCGGAAACGAGCGGAUGAGAUGAAGGAUCUCUUUGCGCACCCCGACGGCGAUCAUCUCACCAUGCUCAACGUGUAUCACGCAUUCAAGAGCGACGAUGCGCAAGCGAAUCCCAAGCAGUGGUGCCAUGACCACUUCCUAUCCUAUCGAGCCCUGCAACAAGCCGACAACGUCCGCCUGCAGCUGAAGCGUAUAAUGGAGCGCGAGGAGCUGGAGCUCAUGUCGACGCCGUUCGAGAAUAAAAAGUACUACGAGAAUAUUCGCCGAGCGCUCGUGGCUGGCUUCUUUAUGCAGGUCGCGAAGCGGGAGGGCAACGGCAAGACUUACACGACCGUCAAGGACGAGCAGAACGUCUUGUUGCAUCCGAGUACAGUCCUGGCCCAGGACAGCGAAUGGGUCGUUUACAACGAAUUCGUGCUCACUACGAAGAACUACAUCCGGACGGUUACUGCGGUGAAGCCAGAGUGGCUAUUGGAUAUUGCUCCAAAUUACUACGACCUUGCGACCUUCAAAAAGGGCGAGAUCAAGCAAGCCUUGCAGCGAGUGGUCACUAAGAUGGAGCGGAAGGAGGCCGAAAAGGGCAGACGAUAGUGCUUCGUAGGGAGCAGUUCCCCUCCUGCACUACAAAUGCUUCCCGUUUCGAUUGUCAUAUGUAUUUUGGUCAAAGAACACGAGACACCCCACCAUGGUAUCUAUGAACCAUCGCGAGGGUAACGAAAGGACUGGUAUUGGGAUUGGUGUAGGUUAGGCGACAGACGGUUUCGGUGUAUGAGUAGGGCUCAGGUGUCCCCCUCUGGCGGGAUAGAUAUAGACAUGUAAAAGGACAUGCGCAAAACGUCCACCUCGCG